AUGGGUAUUGGAGGCGUCAUUCUACGCUUCUGCAGUCUCGCUAUACGCGUACUGCAAUUCCUCGCCUCUGCCGUCAUUCUCGGUAUCUUCUCCUAUUAUCUCGCCAUUCUUUCUCGCCAUGACCAGCAUAUCGCCACAUGGCUGAAAGCCGUCGAGGGUCUCGCUGGCGCGAGUGCUCUCUACGGCCUCCUUGGCAUCUUAUUCGUUUGCUGCCUCGGUGGUAAAUCAUUCUUCGCCUUCCUGGGCGUUCUUUUCGAUGUCCUCUUCACCGGCGCCAUGGUCGCCAUCGCGGUCCUGACACGCAAUGGUGUCGAUAAGUGCUCUGGAACCGUCGACACUCCAAUCGGUGAAGGCAACGCCUCGGACGAGUCCAAGGCUAAUCUCUCUUUCGGCAUGGCCUGCAAAUUGGAAAAGGUCUCUUUCGCAGUGGCCAUCAUUGGAAUCUUCCUAUUCCUCAUCUCCAUCCUCUUCCAGGUCCUGCUUGCCCGUCACCACAAGCGCGAGAAGCGCUUCGGUCCCUCGCCCGCAAACGGCUACACUUCCGGUAGCCGUCGCCGUUGGUGGCGCCGCAACGGAUCUCCCGAUGCGGUCGGGGCUGACAACGCCCUGCCUGGCCACCCCACCCCCGGCGAAGUGGAGAUGGGCACCGAGCCCAAGAACGAGAAGAACUGGUUCGGCUCGUGGGGUCGCAAGAAGGAAAACACCGCUGUCCCUCUUGCCAAUGGCGGAGGUGCUGCCCAAAACACCUAUGGCUACGGCAACUCUGCGUACACUGGUAACAUUUAA